AUGUCAUAUGUUGAAUUUCGCCGAGUUCAACCCUGGGGGUACGAUGUGGCCAUUAUCGACACGGACGGGUCCGAACUGCACGAGGACGAAUUCGGGUCACUUUUAGCGAAAAUCAUAGAGUCGAACGAUGUCCCAAUGUUGAAUCAGUACAAGGAGAAACACCCAAGAGGUAUUACUUGCUCAUCGGAAGCACGCGAAAUGGACCCUUUCUUCGUCGCUUGUAGGCAUGGAAGUACAGAUGUUCUUCGUGUGCUUUUGGAGCAUUAUCAUGCCAAUCUCGGUCAGACAGCGUCUCUCGAGGAGCGGGAGAUCGUGUUGCUGAAUGUCACCAGUGAAUAUGGUCAGCUAGAGACGGCACUUUUCCUGCUGGAUAGUCAACCUCCGCUAGUCAGUGUUGGCGCCAAUAUGCCCGGCUAUGAAACUGCACUGCUUAGCGCGGCGCAGUCUAUCUGGAACUUGAGUGACGAGCUCCAGUAUCAUGAAAAUGAGGCUCUUGAUUGGGUUGAUAAGCGCCUUACUCGGAGUGAACAAUUGAUUGACAUCCUCCUUGAUAGAGGAGCUUCUGUUCACGAUGUCACCAUGUGCCCGGAUGAGGAUAUCGCCGAAGUUAAGCAGCAGCCACUUCAUACCGUUCUUGGCCUGGCUGUUUCCCGGGCCGGCUACAAAUUGUUGAAACGCCUUAUAGAUGAAGGAGCAAAUGUACACACAAGGCAGGAGUGCCUGGGAAUAGGGGGUCCCACCUUUAAGGAAAAGCAUGCUAGCUUCCGAGAUACAACAGCCCUUCACUACGGUAGUAUGUUUUGGAAUGUGGAGGGAGUACAAGCGCUGUUUGAUCUUCGAGGGACGGAUGUGGACAUUGCAGAUAUGGUAUCUGUUCGUGAUAGUUUGGGACGCCUACCCCUUCACUGGGCUGCUGCGGGCGCGGGAGAUUCUGAUAAAGCUAUAAUCCCUGACGGUGCUAUCGUCCAACGAGUCCUGGAUACAUUUGAACUACUUUUAGUCGGCAAUCCUACCGCCAUUAAUGUUCAGGAUAACCAAGGCAAAACGCCUUUGCAUUAUGCAGUGGCAACACACGCAUCAGGUGACCGCAAUCAUCUGUAUAGCAUAGUUAAAUUUCUAUGCGAAAGUGGUGCAAAUGCAAGCCUGCAGGAUUGCAAGGGACAGACUGUGUUGCAUAUCUUAGCCUUUUGGUCCGUAUACGGUGAGCCUAUGGAUCUCAAUGUGAUAGACCUCCUGAUUGCGCAUGGUGCCAACAUCAACCAUGCUGAUAGAAAUGGCAUUACCGCCUUGCAUAUUAUGACAAGGAAUUUGCGACAGGUGAAGGCGGCACAGUUUCUUAUUCACAGAGGAGCUGAUGUCAACGCAAAAACCCUAAAGGGAGACACCCCACUAUGCGAAGCAGCGGGGCGUGGAGCGCUCUUGAAGAGAGGUGUCUGGACACAAGGUAAUGAGUAUGUGACUCUGGACGACCGUAUCAAGGCACAAGAUACAAUGAUGGGCGUCCUGCAGGAUGCUGGAGGCAGCUUAGAUCAGCCGAAUGCAGCGGGCAAGACACCGCGGCAGCUGCUUGAGCAGAAAAGGGCUUCCUAG